CCGUGUCGUUCCAAGUCAUCAUGGCAUCAUGCAUCAUAUCAUUCACAUGAUUUUAUAAAAUAAAUUAUUUUAAAUAAAAACUAUUUUGAGUUUCCCCUCUCAUAUGGUUUAUUUAUUAAGCCUCCCCUCCCUUUUCUUUUAAUAAAACCCUAACACCCUCUUUUCCUAGGCCCCUUUUUCUUUCCCUGGCCGCUCCUUCCCUCUCUAGCCCAGCAAGGGAGGCCCUUUUCUUCCCUGGCCAAGCCCACAACCUUCUGGCCCAUACCCCUUCGCUCCUCUUCUCUUUGGUCGUUGUCGUCUUCCUCCACAGAGAGCACGUAGAUGGCGUGCUGUGGUCCUCCACUCCACCGAGCACCUCCUCCAACCACUCCCUCCCCCUCUCUUUUAAUCCUCUGCAAGCCCACGGGAAAACCCUAGCAUCCCUUCUUCCUCUCCUCCCUCGCGUCGCCAUCCUCUCUACCCUCCAUCUCCCUUUUCUUCACGUACAGAGAGAACCCCAAAACGCCUGCCUCCAUCUCGCCAUGGCGCCGCCUCUACCGGCCACCUCUCUUCAAUCUGAGACCACCGAAAGAUGCGCCUCAUCGUCCUCGUCAUGCCCCUGCAAGGAAUCGUCCCCGGGCGCUGUGAAUCGCCGCCACGGUCGCCGUUUCUUCUCCAACCCCGGCGCUGUUAUCCGUCGAAUUCGUCGCCGUUCGUCCUCCUCCGGUCAAACGAACCCCACCAUCGGCUUCCUGGUCAUCCUCAUGGGCCGUUCUCCGGUGGUGCCCUGACCUCACCUUCGCCCGCCUCAGAUCCUCCACGUCGCGGCGCAUCUACGACGCCCUCUGCCUCGUCCCGCCUCAGCCUCCCUCGACAAAUCCGAGCUCGACUUGAUCUCUGCCAUGGCGUUUCUGUCCCAGAACUCCGCCUUGUUCUGGGUCAAAAGGGCCUUGCGUCCUCUUCUAAACAAAAACCAAACGUCUAUCUCAGUGAUCCAUGGAUGGGCCAAGGCCCAGCUUUCUCCCCGGCGCCAGCCCUCUAUCCAGCGCCAGCAGCAGGCCAGAUCCGGCCCAGGACAGCGCAGCAUUUGCUUCUUUCCCGGAUAGGAUCACGAAGUGGUGCGGUGAGAUACGCCAAGUCCUCCGGUUGUUCCUCGGCAAGCUAUAACAGGCAAGCAUUUCCCCUAUACUUCUGCCCCUGCAGAAGUCGCUCACCUAUUUUAUUUUGCCUUCUCCCUCAUGCUAUCCUUAAGUUGCGUUCUUGUCACGUGUCCCUUCCACUUGUUACCUCAAGCAGCCCAUAUUGCCACCACCACCUCCUACGGCUAUUGUUUGGUUAUUGAGUCUGCCCUUGCGAGUCGUAGUGCAUGCUAGUGCUGUUUUAUCUCGUUACCGUUACUGCUAUCUUAUCGGGUUGUAUGUUGGGAAGAAUCAUGGUUACUUUAGUUGUUGACAUUUGUUUAGCGGAGGCAUCGGUGGGUCAGCUGAUCGUUUUAUGACGGCUCACUUGUGUUUCCUAAAUAUCUUAGGACCCCGAGUUCUUGUUAUCUGUUUCGAGACUGAGCGCUCUAACCACACGUGGGUAUGCUUACCGGGUCUCCCCUCGACCACUGCCGGAAUCUACAGCUUUGUCCAGUGGCCACAACUAGUUUGGAUGUUUGUUUUGUUUCUCCCGGGCGUGCAAGCAUGUUUCUUUGUGGUCAGAUGAUAUGAUGUUACUUUUGGGAAAGCUAUGUGCCUUGUAACCCCGUUAUUUCUUGCACGUUCGUAGGAUGCGGUGCCACUGCGAAGUGGUCAUCCCGCUGGGCACUGUCCACCUAGCACGCAGUCGCAAUAGCUGAGUCCGCUUCAGAGCACGGCCGGACUCUGAUACGGGUUAACUUAGUUAGGUGGCUUCCUGGACAUUGUUGUAGUGAAGGAGAGUGCGUGUCGUGAUAUCCACCUGUCGCAAGUGGUUUGAUCCUGCGUGUGGGCACAUUUGGGCACCCCUGCAGGGUUACAUCUUAUCGAUAAGCCGUGUCCGCGGUUAUGGACGACUUGGAGCUGUAUGACUCGACCAUAGACAACUUACACCUGUUGUUUCAAUCAUAAUAACUUGCGUAGUAAGUUAGGACAACUCUAAUAAUAAAUGGUUAAAACUUGACAACCGUGUGAGUGCCUUUGUAAGUACUUCUUGGCGAAGGGGGAAGCAUCGGCUGUGUUAUGUUUGCAGAGUAUAGAACUGUUAGUUUAUGCGCUCUCUCACCUUCUCUGUUUAGACGAAUGUUGUAGAGUGUCUCUAUAGGUUUUUAGUGCUUGCGCGCUGCCGCUUAACCCCACCAUAUUGUCCAUGACGUUCCUCUUGCGUCCUCUAAGUCCCCUGCGUGCCUCAAGUACAAAGGACGACUGGUUGACGAAUGCUUAACGUCUUGAAGUCUUGUUAAGUACGAACCCGUACUUAUUGCUGCUUCUACGGGAUAUAACC